AUGUCGUUCUCUAUCCGUCUACUUCUCAUCAGCAUUCUUCUUGCUUUCGUCACCACGGGCGCUGCGCAGACUGCUUCUGAGGCACCUGCGCCUGGACCGUCGACACCCCCGCCCACGAGCAGUACGCCUCCUGGUGGCAAUGGGACGAAUACUUCGCCGCCUCAUGUGCUCCCCACGGGAUCCAGUCCACCAGACGUUCUUCUCCAAGUCCCCGAACUGCAUGUGGGUCGCAUCGAGCUCGGCGUGGAGAAGCUGCAAGCGGAUUUGAAUUUGAAUGCGCGGGUUGCGGGACUGGUCAAGGUGAAUGCCGGGGUGCAGGUAUCUGUUGAAAAGGUCAAUAUUACGAUCGCAGACGUUGACGUCAAUCUGGAGUUGGUAGUGCGGUUGGGAAAUCUCGUGUCGAUCGUGGAACGGGUGUUUGAUUCUCUGGAUUUGAACCCCCUCUUGAUCAGCCUCAUUGGCAAUGCUACAAACCUGGUUGGCGAGGUCAUUGGCGCCGUCGACGGACUUCUCGGAUCCAUAACACAAAACGGAAAGACAUUGAACUUUCUCGUCGACAAUCUCGGUAACAUUGUGCAAGAAGUUGUAGGAGGAGGCGCAGACGCACUGCACCAAAUUGUCGGAAACUUCAAGUUGAACAUGACCGAGGUCGAAGGAACUAUAAAGCAAGUGGGCCAAGGCCUCACUCAAAAGACCUACAGCUACGAACCUCUGAGCGCACUGGUCGACAUUAUAACAAAUGCAGCUGGCCAGGUGGUAUCCGCGAUUGUGCAAAAGAAGAAUGGUGGUGGCAGCGGUGGCGGCAGUGGUGGUGGUGGUUCAACGACAGCUUCAGCUUCAGGAACACCAAUGCCUGUUACAUUGCCUCUGAGCUCGGCUACAGCUGCUUGA